AUGACCUUCUACAACUCUUACCCCGGCUUCCUCUACCGGCAAUUCCUAGUCUGCCCCCCCAAAGCCCCAUCCAGCACCUCCCUCGACAACAAAACCGGAAUCAUCACCGGCUCCAACACCGGUCUAGGCUACCAAGCCUCCGUUCAACUCUUACACCUCGGUCUCUCCCACCUAAUCCUCGCCGUCCGAAACAUCCCCAAAGGCGAAGCCGCCCGGAAAUCCCUCCUCGCCUCACUCCCCCCCACAACUAAACCCCCCACCAUCGAGAUCUGGGAACUAGACAUGGCGAACUACCCCAGCAUAAUCUCCUUCAUUUCCCGCGUCAAAUCCUCCACCCUCACCUUCGACUUCAUCCUCCUCAACGCCGGCAUCGCCAACUUCACCUACACCCUCAACCCAUCAACCUCCCACGAAUCCACCAUCCAGAUAAACUGGCUCAGCACAGCCCUACUAACCCUCCUCCUCCUCCCCAUCCUCGACACCCAAGCAACAAACAACCCCCACUCCCCCCGCCCAGUCCUCUCAAUAGUAAGCAGCGAAACAGCCGCAUGGGCUAAAUUCACCGAAGCCGAGAUAUCAACCACAUCCCAAACCACCCUCCUCUCAGCCCUAGACAAUGACUCCAACUUCGAUAUGGGAGAUAGAUACUACACGUCCAAACUACUCUACCAGCUCUUCUUCGUCGAGUUGUAUACCAACCAUCGAUCCGCCGCGCAGCGAUCAACGGGGGCGAUUCUUAACCUCGUUAACCCUGGGUUCUGCUACGGGUCGGAGUUACAUCGUUCGGCUGGGGGAGUGUUUGGGAGGGUGCUUGCUGGUGUGAAACGGGUGGUGGGGAGGUCGACGGCGAUGGGGGCGAGGACGCUGGUUCAUGCGGUUGUGUUGGCGGGGGAGGAGUCGGAUGGGAGGUAUUUGAGUGAUUGUAGAUUGGGGCCGUUUGCGGGGUUGGUGGGGAGUGAGAGGGGACGGGUGGUGCGGGGGAGGGUGUGGGAGGAGACGGUGGGGGAGGUGAGGGGGUGGUGCGUGUGGAUGUGGAUGGGUUGGUUGGGGGGAUUUGAGGUUUGCGUGGGUUGUGGGUUUUAUUCUUCUAUUUUCUGUUUUGAUCGCUAUUGUUGGUGGAAGGCUUGA